UGUAAAGAGGGGGCGGGCAGACAGCGCAGGAGCGACUUCAUGGAGGAAUUUGCCAACGCGAGUUGGGACGGACUGAUUGCACCGUAGCAUGCUGCUGGCGACAGGCGGCGAAAGAAGUGCACUCUGACAACAUCAACGGUGUCACCUACUCACUCCUGGGCAGAUGAAGCGAGCGACUCGACUGCGGGGGCGGGGCCUCAUGAGCCGAGUCGCCCCGUUUAACCGGUGAGUCACCCCCGCCUGCCGGCAGGGACAUGGGAAGCGUCAGCAGCCUCGUCAGCAGCGACGGGCUCGACGGCAAACACUUUACGGCAACCCGGCUGAAGUCGAGAACCAGAACCGGCGGCGGUUGCAGCCUCGACGCCUUACUGAAGUGCGGCUUUACUCAGGGCCCCUGCUCGACCCUCCACGCCUCCAGGGGCCUGUACCACUCACGGUCCGGGCGAAGCGAGGACUUUUUUUACAUAAAGGUGAGCCAUAAACCGAGGCCAGUGCAUCACAGAGGAGGAUCGAUGGAAAACGGCGCUCGGAACAAAGCAGAAAAAUCUGAUGAGCGACCAAAACUGAUGCUUAUGUCAGGAACUGAUGGGACCACCGCUGAGAAGUCACUGGUCCGAUCCACUGCCUACAAGCCUUUAAUUCCUAGGACUGUAUCGUCCACGGAGGGAGAGCGCAACAGCCUGGACCAGGUCUUCAUCCAACUGGAGCAGGCAAAGACUCCUGAGGUCCAACACAAGCGAGACACGCCCUCCGGCACUCUGUCGGACUCUGGACGUAACUCCAUGUCAAGCCUCCCCACCCACAGCACCAGCGGCAGCCUGAGAGCUUCCACGGGUCCUGUCAGUCACAGCGAUGGCCUCGGCAAGGGAGGGCAACCCAAUUUGUCCCCGUGGGCGAGGAGCAGUGGCCGAGACAUCGGCUCCAGGGAGGCUGGCUCCCCGCCGUCUUCGGAUCGGCUUCAUCGUCUCUCUGAAACUGCGGGAGGCGUUCGGUCGCCUCUGACAACAGAUGAGUCGCUGAUUGAAACAUUGGAACAAAGACUGCUGGAGAGCGAUCUGCAGGACUUACAGGUCAGCUGUGAGGCGAAGGAAGCAGCCACCUGCCGGCUGGUCGAGGAGGGACUACAGUAUUGCGCUGACGAGACGGAGGACUUAAACCAACACUGCUCCUCCACGUUACAGCAAGCCUCUCAGGCGGUCGCAAAAAGCCAACAAGCUCUGCAGCUGCAAGUCAGCCGGCUCCAGGCAGAAAACCAGAGGCUCAAGGAGGAUCGGGCAAAGCUGAGCCGAGAGAGGGAUCUCGUCGACCGGAGACUGAGGUCCUACGAGGAGGAGAGGACGCAGCUCGCUCCAACUCUGGAGGAGACUCAGUGGGAGGUGUGCCAGAAAGCAGGAGAGAUCUCCUUGCUGAAGCAGCAGCUGCGAGACUGCCAGGAGGACGUCAGCCACAAGCUCAAGGAAAUAGUCAGCCUGAGGGCGCGGCUGAAGGAAAUCACAGCAAAGACCGCCGUGCUGGAGAAGGAGAACAAAGACCGCUGCGACAAGCUGCGUACGCGCAGCGUCGAGGUCGAGGUUUGCCAAAACGAACUUCAGCGCAAGAAGAAUGAAGCCGACCUGCUCAGAGAGAAAGUGGGCCAACUGGAGAAGGACAUUCAGGGACAGAAACGAGACUUGACUGCGGCCAAAGACCAGGAGCGGCAUCAACAGACCUCUCCGCCGAAAGCUUGUGGGCAGACCGUGGAGAGAGCCGCCACCAUCCAGAACCAAACAGACCGCCCUGGUGGAAAAGUCUCCGUUGACCUCCUCCAAAAAGAAACGGAGGGGCUGAGGCAGCAACUCCGCGAGGAAAAGGAGGCUCAAGAGAAGCUUGUGGCCAACUUUGAGCAGGAGAGGCGCACGUGGAACAAGGAGAAGGACAAGGUGAUCAAGUACCAGAAGCAGCUGCAGAUCAACUAUCUGCAGAUGCAUAAGAAGAACCAGGAGCUGGAGAGGGUUCUGAAGGAGCUGACUGCUGAGCUGGACGCCAGAGCAGACCUGGGCUUGAACCUCCACUACGGCUCAGGGUUACAAACCUACGAUGAUGUCAUCGCCACUGAGAUAUGACGGCCUGCCUUCACAGUGGCGGUCAUUACUAACCAAUGUUACUCUAACACUCAGACAUCAAUUAGCAGAUGGGAGCUUUAGUGACUUUUAGAAGAAAAGUAAUCCAAAUCUAUUUUGUGCUGCAUGAUAUUAAUUUAUUGAGGGCUUUUUUUAAUUCAUUGUCUUUGUACUUACACAGCCUUUAGGAGGAUCCCUCAUUAAAGUGAUGUACGAUUCUCAAUAUUACCUUAUUAAUCUGUCAAAC